AUGAAUACUCUAUUCGCUGUGUCAUACUGCGCCGUAUUACUAUGUGAGUCUGAUAUUCGUUAUCGUAUACCCUUUGCAUUUCUUUUAUUCAUCUCCAAUAAAUUCAUUAAACAGAAACGUAUUCAACCAGACCUCCGUCAACGAUUUGCUGCCACCAUUAUUAAAACGAUUUGCGAUACUUUACCUUUAUGGUUAAUCAGAACCCUAUUUUAUUUAUCUGGGGUUUUUGAACAAAUAAUGAAUGGAUUGUUCAUGGGUGAAAAAAGAAGACAAUGGUGUUCCCCGGUGAAAGGGAAUGGUUGGAAAGGUUAUUUCAUUGGUGAAAAUGCCAAAAAAGAAGAAAUUGGUCAAAAUGCAGAUUUAGUGAUCAUUUACUCUCAUGGAGGUGGAUUUACUAUUGGAGGAGCUUUAGUGUCUCUUGUAGUAUUUGUUGAUUGGAUAAAAACUUGGAAAGGCAGUCAUGGCGCCAAAACUCAUAUUGUAUCCCUCGAAUACGGAUUAGCACCCAAACAUCCCUUCCCAGCUGCAAGAGAUAGUUUAUUAGCGUGCUAUGACACUUUAGUUAAUGAGAAAGGAAUUAGUCCAUCUAAAAUUGCAUUUGCUGGUGAUAGUGCUGGUGGAAAUUCAUCUAUUACAGCAGCUUUGGAACUUUUGCUUAAUCCCAGUAAAUACUCUGUUCCUCCACCAUCAUGCCUUUUACUUAUCUCACCUCUCGUAUCUGUAAAUACCAAUCUCCUUCCUUCUUGUCCAUUAAUCUCACCAUUAUUUGAACGUCGACUUGAAGGAUUACCACGUACGUGGGUUUGUGUAGGGGAUUACGAUGUAUUACAAAGCGAUAUUACAUCGUUCGUGGAAAAGGCUCGAAGUCAACAUGUUCAAAUCGAUUUUGUGGUGGAAGAAAGUAAUAUGCAUAAUUAUGCUAUAACUUAUCCAUUAUCAAGAAAUCAUGGGGCUCAGAAAGCUGCAAAACAUAUGUCUCGUUUCUUAUUUGGUGAUAGUCCCAUAAAGAAAGCAAUUAAAUAG